AUGACGAGAAGACUUUGCAAGUCCCCACGACGAUAUCGAGCUGACGAAAUGGUGACACCAACACGAGUUUGCACUGUAAGAGCUAUGACGACGGAGACAUCAGAGAUGAUGACGGGUGUUCCUAUGAUGAAUGGCGACAAUUUCUCGCUCUAA